AUGUCUGAUCUUGCAAACUCAGAAAAGUAUUAUGAUGAGGACCCAUAUGGAUUCGAGGAUGAAAGUGCACCAAUUACUGCAGAAGAUUCGUGGGCUGUUAUAUCCGCGUUUUUUCGCGAAAAAGGGUUAGUUUCCCAACAGCUUGACUCUUUCAAUCAAUUCGUAGAUUAUACCUUACAAGACAUUAUUUGCGAGGAUUCUACUUUGAUUUUAGAGCAAUUGGCACAACAUACCACCGAAUCGGAUAACAUCAGUAGAAAGUAUGAAAUUAGUUUUGGUAAAAUCUAUGUCACAAAGCCUAUGGUAAAUGAAUCUGAUGGUGUUACUCAUGCGCUGUAUCCACAAGAAGCACGUUUACGUAACUUGACAUAUUCAUCUGGUUUAUUUGUUGAUGUUAAAAAGAGAACGUAUGAAGCUGUUGAUGUUCCAGGUAGGGAAUUGAAAUAUGAAUUAAUCGCCGAAGAAUCUGAAGAUGACAGCGAAAGUGGAAAAGUUUUUAUUGGUCGUUUACCUAUUAUGUUAAGAUCAAAGAACUGUUACCUAAGCGAGGCUACAGAAUCAGAUUUAUAUAAAUUGAAAGAAUGUCCCUUUGAUAUGGGUGGUUAUUUUAUCAUCAACGGUUCUGAAAAAGUCUUAAUUGCACAAGAGCGUUCUGCAGGUAAUAUUGUUCAAGUGUUCAAGAAGGCCGCCCCAUCUCCAAUUUCUCAUGUGGCAGAAAUUAGAUCUGCUCUUGAAAAAGGUUCCAGGUUUAUCAGUACCCUUCAAGUCAAACUUUAUGGUCGUGAAGGUAGUUCAGCCCGUACCAUUAAAGCCACUUUACCAUAUAUCAAACAGGAUAUUCCUAUUGUAAUCAUAUUCAGAGCUCUAGGUAUUAUUCCAGAUGGUGAAAUUUUAGAACAUAUUUGCUACGACGUAAAUGAUUGGCAAAUGUUAGAAAUGCUUAAACCUUGUGUUGAAGAUGGGUUUGUUAUUCAAGAUCGUGAAACUGCAUUGGACUUUAUUGGUCGCCGUGGUACUGCCCUUGGUAUCAAGAAAGAAAAAAGAAUUCAGUACGCAAAAGACAUUUUACAAAAAGAAUUCUUACCUCAUAUUACUCAGUUAGAAGGUUUUGAAAGUAGAAAGGCAUUUUUCUUAGGCUAUAUGAUAAACAGAUUAUUACUAUGUGCUUUAGAUCGUAAAGACCAAGAUGAUCGUGAUCAUUUCGGGAAAAAAAGAUUAGAUUUGGCAGGUCCAUUAUUGGCCCAACUUUUCAAGACUUUAUUCAAAAAAUUAACUAAAGACAUUUUCCGUUAUAUGCAAAGAACUGUAGAGGAAGCCCAUGACUUUAACAUGAAAUUAGCCAUUAACGCAAAGACCAUAACAUCAGGGCUGAAGUACGCUUUGGCCACUGGUAACUGGGGUGAACAAAAAAAAGCCAUGUCUUCAAGGGCAGGUGUUUCUCAGGUUUUGAACCGUUACACUUAUUCUUCCACUUUAUCACAUUUAAGAAGAACAAACACUCCUAUCGGUCGUGAUGGUAAAUUAGCCAAACCACGUCAAUUGCAUAAUACACAUUGGGGGUUGGUCUGUCCUGCAGAAACUCCAGAAGGUCAAGCGUGUGGUUUAGUUAAAAAUCUAUCACUGAUGUCUUGUAUUUCUGUUGGUACAGAUCCAAUGCCUAUAAUCACCUUUUUAAGUGAGUGGGGUAUGGAACCACUAGAAGAUUACGUACCACAUCAAUCACCAGACGCCACAAGAGUUUUCGUUAAUGGUGUGUGGCACGGUGUUCACAGAAAUCCAGCCAGAUUAAUGGAAACCCUGAGAACAUUGAGAAGAAAGGGUGAUAUCAAUCCAGAAGUCUCCAUGAUUAGGGAUAUUCGUGAAAAGGAGCUAAAAAUAUUUACAGAUGCCGGUAGAGUUUAUAGACCAUUAUUUAUUGUUGAGGACGAUGAAUCACUGGGCCAUAAGGAAUUAAAGGUAAGAAAGGGCCAUAUUGCUAAACUGAUGGCUACCGAAUAUCAAGAUAUUGAAGGUGGAUUUGAAGAUGCAGAAGAAUAUACGUGGUCUUCAUUAUUAAACGAAGGUUUAGUGGAAUACAUUGAUGCUGAAGAAGAAGAAUCUAUAUUGAUCGCUAUGCAACCGGAAGAUCUCGAGCCUGCAGAGGCUAAUGAGGCUAAUGAUCUCGAUGUUGACCCUGCCAAACGUAUCAGAGUAUCACACCAUGCUACAACGUUUACGCAUUGUGAGAUUCAUCCAUCUAUGAUUCUUGGUGUUGCCGCAUCCAUUAUCCCAUUCCCUGACCAUAAUCAAUCUCCACGUAAUACUUACCAAUCUGCAAUGGGUAAGCAAGCUAUGGGUGUGUUCCUAACAAACUAUAAUGUGCGUAUGGAUACUAUGGCCAAUAUUCUAUACUACCCUCAAAAACCAUUGGGUACUACACGUGCAAUGGAAUACCUAAAGUUCAGAGAAUUACCUGCAGGUCAAAAUGCCAUUGUCGCUAUUGCAUGUUACUCGGGGUAUAACCAAGAAGAUUCUAUGAUUAUGAAUCAGUCUUCAAUUGAUCGUGGACUGUUCAGAUCCCUAUUUUUCAGAUCCUAUAUGGAUCAAGAAAAGAAGUACGGUAUGUCUAUAACGGAGACUUUUGAGAAACCACAACGUACAAACACUCUAAGAAUGAAACAUGGUACAUACGAUAAGUUAGACGAUGACGGUCUAAUCGCACCUGGUGUCAGAGUUUCAGGAGAAGAUGUGAUUAUUGGUAAAACCACACCAAUUUCACCAGAUGAAGAAGAACUCGGUCAAAGGACCGCAUACCAUUCUAAACGUGAUGCUUCUACGCCAUUGAGAAGUACCGAAAACGGUAUCGUUGAUCAAGUUUUAGUCACAACAAACCAAGAUGGGUUAAAAUUUGUUAAAGUUCGCGUAAGAACUACAAAGGUUCCUCAAAUUGGUGACAAAUUUGCCUCUCGUCACGGUCAAAAGGGUACUAUUGGUAUCACAUAUCGUAGAGAAGAUAUGCCAUUUACAGCAGAAGGUAUUGUUCCGGAUUUAAUCAUUAAUCCUCACGCUAUUCCAUCUCGUAUGACUGUUGCCCAUUUAAUUGAAUGUUUGUUGAGUAAAGUCGCAGCACUAUCCGGUAAUGAAGGUGAUGCCUCUCCUUUCACAGACAUUACAGUAGAAGGUAUAUCUAAACUACUGCGUGAACAUGGGUAUCAAUCUCGUGGGUUUGAAGUUAUGUAUAACGGUCACACGGGUAAAAAGCUAAUGGCCCAAAUUUUCUUUGGUCCCACAUAUUAUCAACGAUUAAGACAUAUGGUGGAUGACAAGAUCCAUGCCAGAGCACGUGGUCCAAUGCAAGUAUUGACAAGACAGCCAGUAGAGGGUAGAUCAAGAGACGGUGGUUUAAGAUUCGGUGAGAUGGAACGUGAUUGUAUGAUUGCUCAUGGUGCUGCCUCAUUCUUGAAGGAGAGAUUAAUGGAAGCAUCCGACGCCUUUAGAGUCCAUAUUUGUGGUAUUUGCGGGCUGAUGACUGUUAUCGCUAAAUUAAAUCAUAACCAAUUCGAAUGUAAGGGAUGUGAUAACAAGAUAGAUAUCUACCAAAUUCAUAUUCCAUACGCUGCAAAGUUGUUAUUCCAAGAACUGAUGGCCAUGAACAUUACACCACGUUUAUAUACCGAUCGUUCGAGAGAUUUUUGA